AUGGGGGAGGAGGAAGCGAUCAAAGGAGAAGAUACGGUGGAGGAGAUACGACGGAUGAGUGGUUACGGCGGAGAUGUGAUAGCCGUCGGUGGGUUUCCGGCUUCGGAGUCGGAGAUUGGUUCUGGAUCGGAAUCUGAAUCUGAAUCGGAUUUGGCGGCGGCUGAGAUUAUGAUUGUAUGGGCUAUUCAAGGGCCAACUUCGUUUGCUCCAAACGCCUUAGUUUCUCAGUCUUCUCUUGAGCUGCGUCUCGAUGCUUGUGGACACUCUCUCUCCAUCCUCCAGUCACCUUGUUCACUGAGCACGCCUGGGGUCACAGGGUCAGUGAUGUGGGACAGUGGAGUGGUGCUAGGGAAGUUCUUAGAACAUUCUGUUGAUUCAAAGGAUCUCUCUUUUGAAGGCAAGAAAAUCAUCGAGUUGGGUUCUGGCUGUGGCUUAGUUGGUUGUAUUGCAGCGCUUUUGGGAGGCAAUGUUGUCCUCACUGAUCUUCCAGAUAGACUGAGGCUACUCAAGAAGAACAUCCAAACCAAUCUGCACCGUGGCGACACACGUGGCUCUGCUUCUGUGGAGGAACUUGUUUGGGGAGAUGAUCCAGAUCCAGAUUUGAUUGAACCAUUCCCUGAUUACGUAUUAGGCUCAGAUGUUAUAUACAGUGAAGAAGCUGUUCACCAUUUGAUCAAAACGCUUCUGCAACUUUCCGGCGAUCAAACCACAAUCUUCCUAGCAGGAGAAUUACGAAAUGAUGCUGUUCUUGAGUAUUUCUUAGAAUCUGCGUUGAAAGAUUUCGCGAUCGGGCGUGUGGAACAAACGCAAUGGCAUCCGGAGUAUCGCAGCCGUCGAGUAGUGCUUUAUGUUCUAGAGAAGAAGUCCAAGAGAUGGCUCGCUGAUGACUCUUCGCUUAAUCAAUCUUGUUAG